AAGGUGGUAUUUCCUCCGUCGUGCGAACAUGGCGGCAAACGAAGUGGUGGGCAAAAAUGGAAAUAAGCAGCCAACGCAUGACGAAAGUAUCGUCAACCGCUGGAUUGUGGAUUACUAUUUGUUUCUGGCGAUAGAGCUGUUUAAAAAUGAGCAGUACUCAGACUUCUGCGGCGUCAGAGACAUACUUGAGCGUGUUUUAUCACGACCUUUGGAAUCCACAGAUCUCAUGCCAACAAAGAUUAGAGUCCUGCAGUUUCUGUCCCGGAUAAACGAUGGAGACAAGCUGGACUGGUCAUUUGAAUCCGAUGAAUCAGUCACGCCGCUGGAAUCAGCUAUGCGGGUGCUGGAAAACAUGAGCGAGGAAUGCAGUAUUCCCCAACAGGAUUUGGAGAAAGUAUCUACUUCAAUUAAGGACAUGCUGGUGGUGAUUUGUAUCAAGAGCAAGGAGUUUGAGAAGGCAAAGGAAGUGCUGAACAAAUAUUUUCCCAAAGCAAUGGUUGGCAAGAAAGCCAUAUUCAUGGGCCUGAUCAAUCAGAGGAGCAGCACACAUGAAGUCCUGGAGCAAAUCAACUUCCAUCAGUUUAGGGAACAGAUGGUGCAGUUUUGUGAAAGUCUCUGUCCAUCCACCGUUCCCUUUCUCCACAAGGCUGCAACACAGCUGAUUGAUAAAAGACUUCUGGAAAAAGAAAACAGUGCAAGGCCUGAACCUGACGAACAAAACAAUCCUGGUGUGUCCUCUGGUGUAGAAAAUAACGCCAUGCAGCCUGUGUCAUGCCCAUAUAGCAAUAACAAGACGUUUAUCCAGAGAGCACGGUUGGAGGCUGCCUACAUUGCUUUGGCUUCGGAUUCACAUGCAAGGACACUCGCCCAGCUGGAGGAUGAAGUGGAGAGAGAGGAGCAGAGCGCAACAAGACAAGAUGAUCUUUUCCUGCACCUCUCAGCCAGCCCCUUCCAUGGCUCUGAAAUGGACGAAAGGCACGACGAGCCCUCUCAGAGAAACUCAAGCAGCCCCAUGGAAGCCUCCCCAGCAGACCAGGCACCAGUGAUAGAUGGUAUUCCCCAAACAGAGACAGGUCACCUCUCUGAGGCAGCCUCACUGGUGAGGGGUGUGCGACAGUACACUGUAGCUCAGCUGGUGGUAGAGCCAGACAGCCAAACAGGCUCACAGUGCUCUCAGGAGCUGGAAGCUGAGGUCACAGCAGAGGAGCCGGCACAGCUUUUGUUAACAUCCAGCCAAGAGGACCUACAGAGCUCAGUAACAAAAAAGAGUGGUACAAAAUCCACACAGCAGCACCAAACACAGGAGAGCAAAAGGCACAGACAUGACUCAGCUGAGAGUAUUCAGCCGUCAGACACUCAGGAGGACCCAUUCAGCUCUGAUGCCAGCAGUGAAAUUCCUGUAAGGAAACUCCGAAAGCGUAUCACCAACCCACUUAACAAAAGGUCACCUGAGACGAUACAGUUGCCAUCAGAUAGUGAGGACGACCCACUGGAAUCUGUGGACACCUGCAGGACCCCUGUACAGAACACCCAGAGGCUGAAUGUCAGCUGCUGUAUCAGCGACAGCCCAAACAGAGACUUGUUCCUUGUCCGUGACGCUAAAUUGGACUCUCCCAGUCUCGUACCUGUUGUACGGCUCCUUAAAAAUUGCUCCACGCCCUGCAAAGACUCGGCUCCAGACGAAGGUCCUUCCUACAGCAAAUGGAAACGCCUCUAUAAUGAUGCGAAGGAAACCAAGGAUACAUGGAGCGAUGAAGAGUCAUUCUUCAACUCGAAAAAGAAAAAGGAUUCAAACAAAGUGGCAGGCAACGUCAGCAGCAUCUCAGAAUCAGGCAGGAGGAAGUGGAGUGCUGAGGAGAGCCAGAUGCUGAAAGAAGCGGUUGCUAAGUUUGGUGAGGGAAACUGGUCUAAAAUCCGGGCCUAUUACUCCUUCAAGGACAGAACAAAUGUCAACCUCAAGGACAGAUGGAGGACCAUGAAGAGGCAACAGCUGGUCUGAAAGGAGAGUGACUUUAAAGUCUAAAAAGUAGAACUGAUGCCAGACUUUGUAAUUUCUUAUUCAGAAUGGAUGUUUUCCCUCCCACGUUCCUGAUUCCCCAAGAAUAUCAGUUCGUUCGAGUUCAUUAAAGUUGAUAAGUGAAGGCCUCAGACUGGGGCUUAAAGGAAUCAUGUUUGUUUUGUAUUGUGGGGGAAGUUCACAGCACGAAUUGUAGCACUUAGCUAUAACAUCGAGUGGUUUCCAUUAGAUUUAAUACACGUAGUAUUGCAAAGAUUGGGAGGUUUAUUUUAUCAUAGAACCACCUUUGCUGCAGUAAUAUGAAUGAAUCCAAUUUGGGUGACUUAUUAAAAUGACUUUAUAUUUUAGUAUGUUUAUACAAUGUUCUGUUUUCACUGAUUUCAUUGUCAAGGAGGUCAAACAGUAAAUGAGCGUUGUGUUUAGAAACAAGGUAUAUCUGUGUGUUCAGAGUCGGCCAAAGCCUUCAUGGGGCCCUAGACAGAAUUUGAUUUCAGGGGCCCCCUUGUCAAUGCUUGAUCAUUUGCACAGCUACUGUCAAUCUAACACACCCAUUAUCAGUUUCAUUAUCUGUACCACUUUUAUCCUGGCACGUUUUUACUCCUCUGUGGCUUUUAAUUUUAAAAUAUAGCAAACUCACAAGA